GCAGGCCAGCGCCCAGGGCCCGCGGUCCUUGCCCGUUUCCAGUAUGGCCGCCCGCUGUGCUUGACCCGCGGCCUCUCCGUUCCGGCUCCUCGUAGGCGAUGCUGAGGCCGAGGCCGUGACUGACACUCUCGCUUACACGCACGCACGGACCCAGACCCACGCCUGAGCCCGAGCCGUGGGCCCGGAACCGCUCUCGCUCCCGGCACCGCGGCCGGAUCCCGGACCACGGCUCCCGCGCCGCCGCGUCGCCGAGAAGGGCCGCGCCGGAGCUCGAGCGCGGCGGCCCCCGGCCGGCAGCGAUGGGGAAGCGGGCGGGAGGAGGAGAGGGAGCCGCCGCCGCCUCCGCGUCCGCCGGGACCGGGCUGGAGCCCGCGGCCGGCCGCGGCGGGGGCCCGCGGAGCGCGGCCGCCGGCUUCCUGGGAGCGCUGCACCUGGUGAUGACCCUCGUGGUGGCCGCGGCGCGGGCCGAGAAGGAAGCGUUCAUACCUACGGAGAACAUAAUAGAAGUGCUGCGCUUUGAUGAUGGCGGGCUGCUGCAGACUGAGACAACACUUGGACUCAGUUCAUAUCAACAGAAAAGUUUAUCUCUGUACCGGGGUAAUUGCAGGCCCAUCAGAUUUGAGCCACCAAUGCUGGAUUUCCAUGAACAGCCAGUUGGAAUGCCAAAAAUGGAGAAGGUCUACUUACAUAAUCCUAGUUCUGAAGAAACCAUUACUUUAGUAUCCAUAUCUGCUACAACAUCACAUUUUCAUGCAUCAUUUUUUCAAAAUAGGAAAAUUCUUCCGGGAGGAAAUACAUCAUUUGAUGUAGUUUUUCUUGCAAGAGUAGUAGGAAAUGUAGAAAAUACUUUAUUUAUUAACACAUCUAAUCAUGGGGUAUUUACUUACCAGGUAUUUGGUGUUGGAGUUCCAAAUCCAUAUCGAUUGAGGCCAUUCCUUGGAGCCAGAGUGCCUGUGAAUAGCAGUUUCUCACCCAUAAUAAACAUACACAACCCUCACAGUGAGCCUUUACAGGUGGUAGAGAUGUACUCAAGUGGAGGAGACCUUCACCUGGAGCUUCCAACAGGGCAACAGGGAGGAACCAGGAAGCUGUGGGAAAUUCCUCCUUAUGAAACCAAAGGAGUAAUGAGAGCCAGUUUUUCAUCCAGAGAAGCAGAUAAUCACACAGCCUUCAUCAGAAUAAAGACCAAUGCCUCUGACAGCACAGAGUUUAUCAUUCUUCCCGUGGAGGUUGAAGUUACAACAGCUCCUGGAAUUUAUUCCUCAACUGAAAUGUUAGAUUUUGGUACACUACGAACACAAGAUCUGCCAAAAGUUUUAAAUCUUCAUUUAUUAAAUUCAGGAACAAAAGAUGUACCAAUAACAAGUGUUCGCCCUACACCACAAAAUGAUGCCGUAACAGUACAUUUUAAACCAAUUACAUUAAAAGCUUCAGAAAGUAAAUAUACCAAGGUUGCGAGCAUUAGUUUUGAUGCUUCAAGGGCAAAAAAACCAUCUCAAUUUUCUGGGAAAAUAACUGUUAAAGCAAAGGAAAAGAGUUAUUCUAAACUUGAAAUACCAUAUCAAGCAGAAGUUUUAGAUGGCUAUUUGGGAUUUGAUCAUGCUGCAACGUUAUUUCACAUCCGUGACAGUCCUGCUGACCCUGUGGAGAGGCCAGUCUACCUUACUAACACUUUCAGUUUUGCGAUCCUCAUACAUGAUGUGCUGCUGCCAGAAGAAGCCAAAACAAUGUUUAAAGUUCACAACUUCAGCAAACCAGUCUUAAUUCUUCCUAAUGAAUCAGGAUACAUUUUUACCCUGGUUUUUAUGCCAUCCACAUCAUCCAUGCACAUAGAUAACAACAUUUUACUUAUUACCAAUGCUUCUAAAUUUCAUUUACCUGUGCGGGUUUACACAGGCUUUUUAGAUUACUUUGUAUUGCCCCCCAAAAUAGAAGAACGCUUCAUAGAUUUUGGAGUUCUGAGUGCUACAGAAGCAAGUAAUAUUUUAUUUGCAAUUAUAAACAGCAAUCCAAUUGAGCUGGCUAUAAAAAGUUGGCAUAUCAUAGGAGAUGGUUUGUCCAUAGAACUUGUAGCUACAGAAAGAGGCAAUAGAACUACAAUAAUUUCAAACCUUCCAGAGUUGGAAAAAUCCUCUUUAUCAGACCAGUCAUCAGUAAUAUUAGCCUCAGGCUAUUUUGCAGUCUUCAGAGUCAAACUUACUGCAAAAAAACUGGAAGGGAUUCACGAUGGAGCCAUACAGAUCACAACGGACUAUGAGAUCCUCACAAUUCCUGUAAAGGCCGUGAUUGCCGUGGGCUCCCUGACCUGCUUCCCGAAGCAGAUGGUUCUUCCUCCGUCCUUCCCAGGGAAAAUAGUACAUCAAAGUUUAAAUAUUAUGAAUUCCUUCUCACAGAAGGUAAAGAUACAACAAAUACGAUCUUUGUCAGAAGAUGUGCGAUUUUACUACAAACGAUUACGGGGUAACAGAGAAGACUUGGAGCCAGGGAAAAAGUCAAAGAUUGCAAACAUUUAUUUUGAUCCGGGACUGCAGUGUGGGGACCAUUGCUACGUUGGCUUGCCUUUUCUAUCCAAAUCUGAACCCAAGGUGCAGCCCGGGGUGGCCAUGCAGGAGGAUGCGUGGGAGGCCGACUGGGAUUCCCACCAGAUUCUAUUCAAAGCCUGGAUGGGAAUAAAGGAAAGUUCAGGCCACAGAUUGAGUGCUAUAUUUGAAGUAAAUACAGACCUUCAAAAAAAUAUAAUAUCAAAAAUCACUGCCGAGCUCUCCUGGCCUUCCAUACUUAGCUCCCCCCGGCACUUGAAGUUCCCGCUCACCAAUACAAACUGCUCUUCAGAAGAAGAGAUUACUUUGGAAAAUCCUGCAGAUGUUCCUGUCUAUGUUCAGGUUAUUCCUCUGGCUUUAUAUUCCAACCCUUCAGUCUUUGUAGAUAAAUUAGUCUCAAGGUUUAACUUGAGUAAGACAGCAAAGAUAGAUUUGAGAACACUAGAAUUUCAAGUCUACAGAAACACUGCUCAUCCACUGCAGAGUUCAACGGGAUUUACCGAGGGCCUCUCUCGACAUUUAAUUUUAAACCUAAUUUUAAAACCUGGAGAAAAGAAAUCUGUCAAAGUAAAAUUUACUCCAAUUCACAACAGAACUGUUUCUUCACUAAUCAUAGUGAGAAAUAACCUGACUGUGAUGGAUGCUGUGAUGGUCCAGGGACAAGGAACAACUGAGAACUUGAGGGUGGCAGGCAAGCUUCCAGGCCCAGGAAGCUCCUUACGCUUCAAAAUCACAGAAGCAUUGUUAAAAGAUUGUACAGACAGUUUAAAACUAAGAGAACCAAAUUUCACAUUGAAAAGAACAUUUAAAGUAGAGAAUACAGGACAACUUCAAGUCCACGUAGAAACCAUUGAAAUCAGUGGAUACUCAUGUGAAGGAUAUGGCUUUAAAGUUGUUAAUUGUCAAGAGUUUGCACUAAGUGCCAAUGCCUCAAAGGACCUAAUCAUAUUGUUUACUCCUGAUUUCACAGCUUCUAGAGUGAUUCGUGAACUGAAGUUUGUGACGACCAGUGGCUCUGAGUUUGUAUUUGUGUUAAACGCGUCCCUCCCGUACCACAUGUUAGCAACCUGUGCAGAGGCCCUCCCCAGGCCCAACUGGGAGCUGGCUCUGUACAUCAUCAUCUCAGGAAUAAUGAGCGCACUGUUUCUCUUGGUAAUUGGAACAGCCUAUUUGGAAGCUCAAGGAAUUUGGGAGCCAUUUCGACGGCGACUAUCCUUUGAGGCCUCAAACCCACCCUUUGAUGUGGGAAGGCCAUUUGACCUCAGGAGAAUCGUUGGUAUUUCAUCUGAAGGAAACUUGAAUACACUCAGCUGUGACCCCAGUCACAGUAGGGGGUUCUGUGGAGCAGGAGGCUCGUCAUCACGGCCUGGUGCAGGGAAUCACAAGCAGUGUGGCUCGUCAAUGCACCCACACGGCAGCCACAGCAACAGAAACUCAGCUGACGUGGAAAACGUCAGAGCCAAAAGCAGUUCAAGUACCUCGAGCAGGACUUCUGCACAAGCAGCCUCCUCACAGUCGGCAAACAAGACAAGCCCCCUUGUCUUCGAGGCACACGCAGCGCCCCAGGGUCACACAGCGGGCAGAAGGUCCAAAGGGGCAAAGCAGAACCAGCACAGCGGCCAGCACCACGGCCACAGCCCCCUGGAGCAGCAUGCGCAGCCUCCAGCACUGCCAGUGCCUCAGCACCAGGAGCCGCAGCCCGAGCGGCUAUCUCCCGCCCCCCUCGCACACCCCACCCACCCAGAACGUGCCAGUAGCACAAGGCACAGCUCGGAGGACUCGGACAUCACCAGUCUCAUAGAAGCCAUGGACAAAGACUUCGAGCACCAUGACUCCCCACCCCUAGAAGUGUUUACAGAGCAGCCGCCAUCACCAUUGUCAAAAAGCAAAGGAGGUGAGCCAGCCCCUGAGCUGGAGUCUGCUGGGUCACUGGAGGAGGAGGAGGAGGAAGAAGGGGGCGGCUGGCCUCAGGGACAUUCAUGCCACCGUGGGAAAGGCAAAGGCCUUCAGCGCAAGGUCAAAGCCCCGAAAAAGCAGGAGGAGAAGGAGGAGAAGGGGAAGGGAAGGCCCCCGGAGGACGAGCUGAAGGGGUCCCUGGCCGACGACGACAGCUCCUCCACCACCACCGAGGCCUCCAACCCUGACACCGAGCCGCUCAAGGAGGAUACAGAAAAGCAAAAGGGAAAACAAGCCAUGCCCGGAAAACAUGAAAAUGAAACGUCUCAAGUGAAGCAAAAAAGCAAAAAGCUCUUAAAUGUUAAGAAAGAAAUCCCCACGGAUGUGAAACCCAGUUCUCUAGAAUUACCGUACCCUCCCACGUUGGAAAGUAAACCGCGUAGAAAUCUCCCAACCAAGAUUCCUCUUCCAACUGCCUUGACAAGUGGAUCCAAGUCACGAAAUUCCCAGAAAACAAAAGGUACAAAUAAGUUAGUGGACAACAGACCACCUGCCCUAGCAAAAUUUCUCCCCAGUAGUCAAGAACCAGGCAACACCAGCAGCUCAGAGGGUGAGAAGGACUCUCCGCCACCAGAGUGGGACGCAGUGCCAAUCCACAGGCCCGGCAGCUCAACUGACAGUCUUUAUAAACUUUCUCUGCAAACCCUCAACGCAGACAUUUUCUUAAAACAACGCCAGACCUCACCGAGCCCCGCCUCUCCAUCUCCCCCUGCCGCCCCUUGCCCGUUCACGUCCCGGGGCAGCUACAGCAGCAUCGUCAACAGCAGCUCCGGCAGUGACCCGAAAAUAAAGCAGCCAAACGGAAGCAAAAGCAAGUUGACGAAAGCAGCUUCGCUCCCGGGCAAGAACGGCAACCCCACCUUUGCUGCAGUCACGGCGGGUUAUGACAAGAGCCCUGGUGGGAAUGGCUUUGCUAAAGUGUCUUCAAGCAAAACAGACUUUUCCAGCAGCCUUGGCAUCUCUCACAUUCCCGUUGACAGCGACGGCUCGGACAGCUCUGGUUUGUGGAGCCCCGUCAGCAACCCAAGCAGCCCCGACUUCACCCCCCUCAAUUCAUUCUCGGCCUUUGGAAAUUCUUUUAACCUGACCGGUGAAGUUUUCAGCAAACUCGGGUUAUCUCGCUCCUGCAAUCAGUCCUCCCAGAGAAGCUGGAGUGAGUUCAGCAGUGGCCCCUCUUACCUCUGGGACUCUCCAGUGACAGAUCCGAGCCCCUCCUGGCCGGCCAGCUCCAGCUCCCCCACCCACAUGGCCACCUCGAUCCUCGGCAGCACCAGCCUGUGGUCCACCACCCCCUUCAGCAGCUCCAUCUGGUCCAGCAGCCUCAGUAGCGCCCUCCCCUUCACCUCCCCCGCAAGCGCGCUGUCCAGCGUCAGCCUCAUGGGCGCCGAGACCUCCUCCACGGUGCACGCUCCUUCUGCGUCCAGCCCUGCCGACGACUUGGGACAGACCUACAACCCCUGGCGGAUAUGGAGUCCCACCAUCGGAAGAAGAAGCUCUGACCCUUGGUCUAACUCGCACUUCCCUCAUGAGAAUUGAAAUUAGGCAAAGAAACAAGAACAAACCGCGCGGGGGCGCCUCAUCUGGAUCAUGACCCGCCUCCGAGACCUGUCGGGCUCCCUGCCCUCGCCCCACUCCCACCGCCCACCGGCCGCGCAGACUCGCAGGGCAGGCUCUACACUCGCUUCUCAGAUCUUUCUUGCAAUUAUGAUACUAUGAGAUUUGCUGUUGUGCUUUUAGAGAAAAGUCUGGACUCAGCCACAAACUCCACUAAGACCUGUCCACCCAGCCCUCAGCUGUCCCCGUUCCCCUCCCUCCCAUCUCCUCCCUGCUUUCUUUACCUGUCUGAACACAAAUUUGACAUUACAGCUAAGGGAGUAAUUUGAGUUGAUUCAGAAGUCCUGGCAUGUGACAAUUUUACUAAAUUUCCAAGUUUGGUUUUUAAUAAUUUCUCAAUAUUAUGCGCCAAGAUCUAAUUUUAAAAAUGUAUGAGGACUUUGUGCUGAAAAUACAGAGUAUUUUUUUAAAAGUAAGGCUGUCUUGGUUAAAGCAGAUUACAGAGAUGUAAGACAACUUCAGAACAGUGGGUGAAUGUAAGACCACUCAGUUGAGACCUUACGCAUUUUCCGUGCUGUUUGUACUUGAGGUAUGUAACAUUUGUAUACCUGAAUUUAUUUUAAAGAUAAACUGAAAUGCACAUAACCAAGUCUUGAAGUACAAGAUUGAAUGUGUAUUUCUUAAAAAUACAACUUUGUGUUGUACUUUGAAAUAAAUGAUGCUUUUUUCAAAAGCC